AAAUAACGCGCACUGGUAACCACGGCAACCUUCUCCACCCAUGCCGUGCGUUUUUUUGCUGAGCACCGAGGACCAAUUUAUUUUCAACCUGUUCCUCCCGGAUUUAGGUUUCAGCAACAGUGGGGAUGGAUCAUCCUGAUAAAACAUAUCGGACAAACUCAACCUGUACAAUGCGACCACAUGGUAAAAUCGGUCCAAGCAUUUGAAUGGUUAAACUAGAUUAGAGAAUUAUUUUAGUCAGUGAGGAUUUCACGCUGAAGGAGAGGAGGGAUAAGGUGCUGACUGGUGGCCUGAAUGCAGUUUGCAGUCAGUCUCUGGGAGCUCCUCCUUUAUCGCUGAAGAGGACAGUAACAUCACAUCCACUCAAUGAGACCAGGAGGGCACGAGAAAGGAUUGCAUUCUCCAUUUCAACCGACUGCUGUUGCCGCCGUUGCUCUCUUAAGCUUAUUAUGAGGAAACUUUUCUCCACUUCAGAACCUAGAAAGAGCACAUCUGAGAUCAUCAAUCCUAAAAUAAAAGUCAUGAUUGUGUAAAAAAAAACAAACAUUAUUUCUCCAUCCAACAGUUACUAACACUACCAACAGCAAUGGGCUUAAAUCUACUAAAGUCUGACAUCUUAGUGAAGGACUCUUUCCUGGACAUGCAUUCUUUAAGUUGCAGGAGACAUCAGCACCUCAGAAAAAAACUAAGGCCUGUGCGUAUUAUGGGGAUGGUCUUGAGUCUAUUAGCAAUAAGCGCUUUUUCAUUUUCCUUCAGUGCCUUCACUUGGACCACACAUUAUAGCACAAAGCUGUUCAGCAGUCCGGACAGCCUGCAGUCCUUGCCUGUACCACACAGAACUUUGCUGGGCACAGAGGAGAAGCAGGACCAAAAUGUUUCAACAGGUUCACCAGUUGCCAUGAAAGUGAAAGCUGAAGAUAACAAAACCAAACCUGCCCAUCAAGGAGACUAUCCGGAAGACCUCUUCAGCCUGGAGGAAAGAAAAAAGGGUGCUAUUGUUCUGCAUAUGUUUGGGAUGUUAUACAUGUUCAUAUCAUUGGCCAUUGUAUGUGAUGAGUUUUUUGUACCAUCGUUGACUGCCAUCACUGAGAAACUUGCCAUCUCCGAUGAUGUGGCAGGAGCAACAUUCAUGGCUGCCGGUGGCUCGGCCCCAGAACUCUUUACGUCUAUUAUAGGGGUUUUCAUCUCUCAUAGCAAUGUUGGCAUUGGGACAAUAGUAGGUUCUGCAGUAUUCAACAUCCUUUUUGUCAUUGGGAUGUGUGCUUUGUUCUCCAGGGAGAUUUUAAAUCUCACCUGGUGGCCACUCUUCAGAGAUGUGUCCUUUUACAUCAUUGACUUGAUUAUGCUAAUUAUCUUUUUCUUGGAUAACAUCAUCAACUGGUGGGAAAGUGUGUUACUGUUGUCUGCUUACGCAACCUAUGUGAUCUUCAUGAAGUGCAAUGUGCAAAUUGAGGGAUUCGUGAAAUCAAAAUUACACAGGAAUAAAGUUGUAGAAGUUUCAUCAGCAGAGGCCCAACCAAAGGCUGAAGUUGAAGAUGAGAACAAACUGACGCUCAAACCACGUCUCCAGAGAGGUGGAAGUUCUGCAUCGCUGCACAACAGCCUGAUGAGGAACAGCAUUUUCCAGCUGAUGAUUCACACUUUAGAUCCUCUCGCUGAAGAGUUUGCUGAUUCUGGACGAUUCAAAGAAAAGGCGUCUAUUCUUCACAAGAUUGCCAAAAAGAAAUGCCAAGUGGAAGAUAGCGAGAGACCAAAUGGUGUUGCAAAUUGUGGUGAUAAAAUAGAGCUUCCAAACAGCGCCAAUGUGGAAGUGGAAGUGACCCCACCGAAGGAUGGGGGAGAAGUUCAGAAUGGAAACAUGUCACGUGGUAUUGAGGCAGACGGACAGGGAGGAGAUGAUGGAGAGGAUGACGAUGACCAGCCCCUGAGCCUGGCCUGGCCAGACACGAACCGCAAACGCUUCACCUAUCUCAUCAUCCUACCCAUUAUCUUCCCACUGUGGCUCACUCUUCCCGACGUCAGGAAACCAAGUGCUAAGAAGUUCUUUCCCAUCACAUUUUUAGGCGCCAUCUGCUGGAUUGCAUUCUUCUCCUACCUAAUGGUCUGGUGGGCACACCAGGUUGGAGAGACCAUUGGGAUCACUGAAGAGAUUAUGGGAUUGACAAUUUUAGCAGCUGGGACAUCCAUUCCUGACCUAAUCACAAGUGUUAUUGUGGCACGCAAGGGACUGGGGGACAUGGCUGUGUCCAGCUCAGUGGGGAGCAAUAUUUUUGACAUUACUGUAGGGCUGCCUUUUCCUUGGCUGCUGUACUCGUUUAUCCACGACAUGGCACCUGUGCAGGUCAGCAGCAAUGGCCUGUUCUGUGCCAUCGUGCUGCUGUUCAUCAUGUUGCUGUUUGUCAUCCUGUCCAUCGCCCUCUGCAAGUGGAGAAUGAGCAAGCUCCUCGGGUUCAUCAUGUUCCUGCUAUACUUUGUAUUCCUGGUUGUCAGCGUCAUGCUAGAGGACAAAAUCAUUAUGUGCCCUGUGUCCAUUUGAGACUCCUGCUACUGCUGCAUCUAAAUUUAUUUUGGGGGGGUGGGGGGGGUACGUGGGUUAAGUGACAUAAUAGCAGGCCUAGCAUGACUUUGGAUGUGGACAACCUGAGAAGAAAUGUCCUUGUCAUCAAAUCCUCUAGAUGCCUGACCUAGGUGUGCAUGCAAUAUUUAUUCAAAACUAAACAGAAGAAAAAUGAAUGAAAUUACUGUAUUAUGGCUGGCACCAAAUUAAUGGGGGAGGGCAAGGGGAGGAGAACACAUUUUCCAUGGCAAAAGAAACAUAGAGACACUGUUCUCCAAGUUUCAGGUGAUGUGCUUGAACUGAAUUAUCUUCUAUAAACUGAAUGGUACACCAUAAUGUAUUAGUUUCAGCUGGGCGUUCUCAAACCAUGUAGGAAAAGAUAGGGGCUUGACUAUUCAUCUAGCCAGUGCAUGCAGAUGGAACAUUGAAGUUUGGAUUUCGUCAGAAGUUGAUAAUGCAAAGCUAACAAAUGUACUAUUUAAUUGUUCUACUUCAUCCAAUGUAUCCUGUGUAGAAGUCGUGUCAGCAAAAUACAUAUUUAGCAGAGUAUUCAAUUUACUGCAACUCUGAAAAGAUUCUGCAUUAUACUUGGGUCCCAAAAAGGUAGAUUAGAUUGCAACAGCCAGCACAUAUAUUUUAGCGGGCAUUAAAACAAUGUAUCAAAAAUGGAAGAAAAAAAAAGUUGCCUAUGGUAGAUAGUAUCACUUCAGUGGUUGUGUAAAUAUGAAUGUGCAUGUCAAAGCUUCUUGGAGAGGGAGGGAUUUUUUUUUUCAUCUGUGGAUUAAUCUUGUGUACUGUGAAGCCUAUUGUCAAGCUUAGAACGGGCAAGUUUGUGUUAACGUGAUUUGUCCACAGUAAGCGAUGGCCGGUAUAAAUUCAAAAUGUCCCCCAAUCACCAGUACAGUAAACAAAACAAACACUCAUUGUGACGGUCGGGCGGUUCCUACAGAACAGAAUCCUAAUCUCAGAAACUGGAAAAUAGCCACGCUAGUCCCGUGCACACAUACACAGAAACAAACAAACAAACAAAACAAAAUAGAUAUAUCCCAUCUUAUCGAAAGCCUGUGGUGAUUAGAACACCAAAUGAUAACUUAAUUUGUUAAUAGUUAGUUAAACAUAGGUCAUCAUAGCACCUAAUUUCUAUUAAUUUUAAUUUACUUCAAAUAAUAACAAUAAUAUCAAAAACAUUAUCAUUCUUAAAAUCACCAAAUGCAAACAAGCUAGCUCCUAAUUAAACAAAACAAAAUGUCAAGUUGGAACAUUGACCAGAUGAAACAAAACAAUUAACAGCGUCACUUAUCUGUCUUGUUUGCAUUAAAGUGCUCCUCUUUCUUUUUAUUUGAUCAGACUCCAGACAGGUAACUUUUUCAGUCUGUUCUUGGCUUUUGGUUUGAAUUCAGCGGUCUCCACUGUGUUAUCCAACAGAUGACAGCCAACUAUGCCUACACCCUGCUUUUUUAAAACAUGUAAGCAAUAAACCCUUAAAGGCAUAGGCAGCCCUUAGGUCUGCCACAGUGUGUAUGCAGUUAAAAAUCUUAAAGACAUGCAUUACACUAAUAAAUGUUUUUAUUAAAACCUAUGAAUGUAAUAAAAAGUAAUGCAAGUGCAGAAAUGUACAGAACAGGCAGGCUACAUUACUGCACAUUGUUUCCAGCAAAGAACUCUGUGAUAUGCGUCUGGACUGUCUUUUUUUGCAAAUAUGGGCUGCAGACUUUGUCAGCGUUUUCUAAAAAAUCACAAUUCGGCUCUAUAACCGGAUGCUGCUCCAUAGCACUCCACAGUGUUAAAAGCGCAGCACGCACAUACGUAGCCAUUCAAAACAAAAUUCCCCAGUCAUCCAGGCGGUUCUGUUCUAAACCGCAGGCAGGUAUGAACUCCUCUAAAACAACGUGGGGUUUUCAAUUUGCCAAUCACUAGCGGGUCACAUUUUUCACUGCCAUCCAUAUUACAACAAAGCAGGACUGAAAUUCUUUCCUUUUCUCUUUCCAGCCAUGCUUACUGUUGAAGUCAGUGCUGUUUUUUCAAACUGUAAACCUGACACUGCGUACAGGGAUUAAAUAGCCAAGGUACAGUACAGGGGUAAUCGCUCAGUAACAAGGUGCAAACAGCUGAUUGAUCGAUCUGUCAAGCUUUUACUGCAGUAAAGUGCUGCCUUUUUUAUUGAAAUCUAUGUGAAUGGCAAGGUAACGAGGUGAAAACAGCUGAUGGGUGGAUUAGUAAGAGCGAGUAUUACAGUAUAAGCAGGGUGUUUGUUAUUUAAAUCUAUGUGAAUAGUACAUACCGAGAUCCAAACAGCUGAGUUGGCCCGAAAUAUACGUCAUGCUUUACACGGUAUAAACAAUGCCUUUGUUAUUGAAAUCAAUGGGAAUGGCAAACGGCAAAAGCUAUUUGUCCGAUAUAAACGGCUGCCCAAAAUAACCUUGUACGGUGUAAGUGGUGGAUACUGGAAUUACCGUUCAAGUCAGCUCUUAGAUAAAUGACUUUGGUUUUUUGUUUUUGUUUUUCUCGGUGGCUGACUGGUGAUUCACCUUGAGUUUCGUAAAUGUAGCCUUUUGAGGAAGGUUGAACUAAGUAUCCCCAGUUCCACCCAUACUGCUUACAGAAACACUUGAUGAUAGAGUAGUAAUGUUGUCCAUACCAAUCAGGAAAAAUACUGCAGUUUGUAAAAAUGAGUAUGAAAAUAUCUAAGUAGAAACUUAACCAUGCAAUGAAAUAUCUAACCUUCCUUAUAUAUUCACUGUCAAGAGCAAGUAUGUCUAGAAUAUAUCUAAUAUAAUAUAGUGUAUGAAAAAUUAUGUAUACAAAAUAUAUAUUUAAAAAUGCAUGUUGAUUUUACACAUCCAAAGCUUAGAGUGUUGUCAAGGUAUUUUUAAGAAGAUCAAGAGGGUAAUUUAGGUUUUCUACAUCACACCAUAUUUAUUUCUGUCACAUCUUUUUUGUUGUUGUUGUUGUUGUUGUUGUUGGGUACAAAUAUUAUUUCUACAUCUUGGUUAUUCUCAUCACUUGACCAGGACAUUGAAAAGAUCAGGAACAUGAAACCUGGGGUGCUUUUUUUAUUACUGUUUAUUACUUUAUUACUGUCAAAAGCAGCUUUUAACCACAUAGGAAGGCAGCGGUUACAUAAUUUGCUCUUUGUAAUUUGAUUUUAGCACCAUAGUUUAAUCAAACCAACCCAUAAAUACAGACAUACUGUAGCAGUCGACCACCUUUCCACUUAUCCAAUGGCAAUACAUUUAUUUUUAGUUUUAGAAUACUGAAUGAUUAUGGGUGCAACAUGUUUUCCUUCUAAAAUAAUUAGAGGGAAGUAAUUGUUUUCAUGCAUGCACACAGUCAAUCAUAACUUCAAAACACUUACUUAUAAAAUCUUCAGUAAUAAUAUUUUAGGAUCUAUGUUAACAAACCUGUUCAAGGAUCCCUUUAUACCACAUCUAUAAAUGUGUUUUUAAAAGUUUUGACAAUCAUUAACAGGGCUUAUAUGACAAUUAGUCUCUCUACCAUCCACUUUCAUUUGGAUUCCAAAUCCUGAUAUUCUGAUAACUAACAUCACAAAGGAUGCAUUGUUAUUAUAAGACCACAUUGCUAUGACCUAUUAUUAAUGCAAAUGUUGUUUAUAAUGACCUUUUAUAGCACAUGUAUAGAAGCAUUAUUUAUUAUUUAUAACAGAUCCUCAAACUAAAGCAUUAUAAAUAAAUUACAAAAACAUUUUCAUCAGUUGAACCAAACUUCCUUUUUAGCAUUAGUGUAGAUUUAUUGUAUUUGUAAGAUAAAUCAACAGUCAGAAAGCAACUUCAUGCCAAUUACGUUACAUAAGAGAGACCCCUCUUAGUCAUUUUCUUUGUGAAAAGUCCAAGCAGCUUCAUAUACAGGAUUUGAAUUGUGAAAUAUUGAUUAUAAUGUGAAAUACUGAUUAUAAGAAAGACCUGCAUACAAAAUAACCUGGGCUGGGUACCCAGUGGUAGCAUCAGUACAGGGAAUAUGAGCUUGUGUUUCUCACAGAGUAAUUUAAACCACUUUGUGUUUCAAGGUUAUUUACAUUAUUUAAUUAUGUUUUUAUUGAUUGAUUGAUUGAUUUGUAAAGUAUUGGUAUGAAAAUGUAAAUAAUUUUAAAAUGUUUCACUUUUUGACCCACAUUGAGCUUAACUAGUGUGAAUUCCCCCCCCCCUUACCCACGCUUAACACCAGGGUUAAAUAAAACAUGAAGGGUUGGGUUACGAUCUCCAUGCUAGAUUAAAACACUGAAGCACUCGCAGUGGUUUCAGUCAGUGCACUAGACAGGGUUGUGCUUAAACUAAACUGAUACAUGUAUCUUAUCCCAUUACUAGGGAUGCGUUUUACAAUCCAUUUCAAGCUGCUUGGUGUUUCAAGGUGACCACAAGCAUGUAUUUGAUCUGCUCACUUAAUCUACAAUUGCUAUUCAAGAACUAGAAGGCUUGUCACUAUACAGUAAGUACUGCUUUCACCCAUGUUAAUGGGUAAGUGUGAAAGAUAAUGAAUAAAAUGCUUGAAAAUACUAUUUUAAUUCACAUAUAAUAUAUAUAUAUAUAUAUAUAUAUAUAUAUAUAUAUAUAUAUAUAUAUAUAUAUAUAUAUAUAUAUAUAUAUAUAUACAGACGUGCUCAAAUUUGUUGGUACCCCUCCACAAAAAACGAAGAAUGCACAAUUUUCUCUGAAAUAACUUGAAACUGACAAAAGUAAUUGGCAUCCACCAUUGUUUAUUCCAUAUUUAAUAGAUAUCAGACUUUGCUUUUGAUUUUUUAUUCAACAUAAUAUUGUAAAUAAGAAAACAAAUGAAAAUGGCAUGGACAAAAAUGAUGGGACCGCUAACCUAAUAUUUUGUUGCACAACCUUUAGAGGCAAUCACUGCAAUCAAACGUUUUCUGUAGCUCUCAAUGAGACUUCGGCACCUGUUAACAGGUAGUUUGGCCCACUCUUCCUGAGCAAACUGCUCCAGCUGUCUCAGGUUUGAUGGGUGCCUUCUCCAGACUGCAAGUUUCAGCUCUUUCCAUAGAUGUUCGAUAGGAUUCAGAUCAGGACUCAUAGAAGGCCACUUCAGAAUAGUCCAAUGUUUUGUUCUUAUCCAUUCUUGAGUGCUUUUAACUGUGUGUUUUGGGUCAUUAUCCUGUUGGAGGACCCUGAGACUGAGACAGAGCUUUCUGACACUGGGCAGUAUGUUUCGCACCAGAAUGCCUUGAUAGUCUUGAGAUUUCAUUGUGCCCUGCACAGAUUCAAGGCACCCUGUGCCAGGCACAGCAAAGCAGCCCCAAAACAUAACCGAGCCUCCUCCAUGUUUCACUGUAGGUAUGGUGUUCUUUUCUUUGAAAGCUUCAUUUUUUCAUCUGUGAACAUAGAGCUGAUGUGACUUGCCAAAAAGCUCCAGUUUUGACUCAUCUGUCCAAAGGACAUUCUCCCAGAAGGAUUGUGGCUUGUCAAUAUGCAUUUUAGCAAAUUCCAGUAUGGCUUUUUUAUGUUUUUCUUUCAAAAAUGGAGUCCUCCUGGGUCUUCUUCCAGGGAGCCCACUUUCGCUCAAAAAGCGACGGAUGGUGCGAUCAGAAACUGACGUACCUUCACCUUGGAGUUCAGCUUGUAUCUCUUUGUCAGUUAUCCUUGGUUCUUUUUCUACCAUUCGCACUAUCCUUCUGUUCACUCUGGGGUCGAUUUUCCUCUUGCGGCCGCGCCCAGGGAGGUUGGCUACAGUUCCAUGGACCUUAAACUUCUUAAUAAUAUUUGCAACUGUUGUCACAGGAACAUCAAGCUGCUUGGAGAUGGUCUUGUAGCCUUUACCUUUACCUUUACCAUGCUUGUCUAUUAUUUUCUUUCUGAUCUCCUCAGACAACUCUCUCCUUUGCUUUCUCUGGUCCAUGUUCAGUGUGGUGCACACAAUGAUACCAAACAGCACAGUGACUACUUUUCUCCAUUUAAAUAGGCUGAAUGACUGAUUACAAGACUGGAGACAUGUGUGAUACUAAUUAAAGAAACUAAUUAGUUUGAAAUAUCACUAUAAUCCAAUUAUUUAUUAUCUUUUCUAAGGGGUACCAACAAAUGUGUCCAUGCCAUUUUAGAAUAUCUUUGUAGAAUAAGCAAUAAUUCAUCUCUUUUCACAGCUUCUUUGCUUUAUUCUAUGACAUACCAAAGGCAUGCAAGUAUACAUGAUAAAAUAGCUUUUAAUUUUAUCACUUUUCAGGAGGAAUGAAGCAUUAUUUCAAUGAGCUGUAAGGGUACCAACAAAUUUGAGCACGUCUGUAUGUAUGUGUGUAUAUAUAUAUAUAUAUAUAUAUAUAUAUAUAUAUAUAUAUAUAUAUAUAUAUAUAUAUAUAUGUAUAAAUGAGUGUGUGUGUGUGUUGAAAACCAAACCUUACAAUUGUGAAUUGGGUCUAGUAUGUACAGUACAAUGGAAUUAUAUGGGUUGACUCCUAAUAAAUAAGUUCUUGCACUGUUACUGUUUUGUGUUUGUGUAAGAUUUCUUUACAAUGAUAUAUAUAAUACUGCUAUGUAAUAUGCUAUAUAAUCCCUUUAUGUAAAUACACAUAAAGUAUGUAAUAAAAUCUUAAAUUAUGGAAAUAAAAGUACUGAAAAAUAAAAA